CCGCGCACUUCCAGCCGCCUCCGCCUCCUCCUGCCCCGCCGCAUCUCCAUGGGCCGAGCCUGCCCGAGUUGGGCGCCCGCAGCCAAGGCAGAGGGAGCCCCGCUGGACACGGGCACCCGCGGGCCCCACCGGGAGCCAGGGCGCCCGCGCCAGGUGGUGUUGGUGCUUCCUUCCAGUGCCAGUUAAUCCAUCAAGACCACAUCUGUACUGAUGACAGUGACAAGAGUGAAGAUAGUCCAAGUCCCAAGAGACAGCGCCUUUCUCAUUCAGUCUUUGACUACACAGCAGCAUCACCAGCCCCAUCACCGCCAAUGCGACCAUGGGAGAUGACAUCAAAUAGGCAGCCUCCUUCAGCUCGACCAAGCCAACAUCACUUCUCAGGGGAACGAUGCAACACACCUGCACGCAACAGAAGGAGCCCUCCCGUUAGACGCCAGAGAGCAAGAAGAGAUCGAUUAUCUCGACAUAAUUCCAUUAGUCAAGAUGAGAACUACCAUCUCCCCUACGGACAACAACAAGCAAUAGAAGAACCCCGAGCCUUCCACCCUCCGAAUGUAUCUCCCCGUAUGUUGCACCCAGCUGCUCAUCCACCACAGCAAAACGCAGUGAUGGUUGACAUUCAUGAACAGAUCCACCAGGGCACAGUCCCUGUUUCAUACACGGUGACCACAGUGGCACCACAUGGGAUUCCACUUUGCACAGGUCAGCACAUACCAGCUUGCAACACACAGCAGGUCCCUGGGUGUUCCGUGGUUUUCAGUGGACAGCAUCUCCCUGUCUGCAGUGUGCCUCCCCCAAUGCUUCAGGCAUGUUCUGUUCAACACUUACCAGUUCCAUAUGCGGCAUUCCCACCUCUCAUUUCUAGCGAUCCAUUUCUUUUGCAUCCUCCACACCUCUCCCCACAUCAUGCUCCACACCUGCCACCUCCAGGCCAGUUCGUUCCCUUUCAGACACAACAGUCACGGUCGCCUCUUCAAAGGAUAGAGAACGAAGUAGAGUUGCUUGGAGACCAUCUUCCUGUAGGAGGUUUCACCUAUCCGCCUUCAGCCCACCCACCAACAUUGCCUCCCUCAGCCCCACUGCAGUUCUUAACGCAUGACCCUUUGCACCAAGAGGUGUCCUUUGGAAUACCUUACCCGCCUUUCAUGCCUCGAAGACUCACAGGACGCAGCAGAUAUCGAUCUCAACAGCCAAUACCGCCACCUCCUUACCACCCCAGCCUAUUGCCAUAUGUGCUAUCAAUGCUUCCAGUGCCACCUGCAGUUGGCCCAGCCUUCAGUUUUGAGCUGGAUGUAGAGGACGGUGAGGUGGAAAACUAUGAGGCACUGCUGAACUUGGCCGAAAGACUGGGAGAGGCCAAACCGAGAGGACUGACAAAAGCAGAUAUUGAACAACUUCCAUCUUACAGAUUCAACCCCAAUAACCAUCAGUCAGAACAGACUCUGUGUGUAGUGUGCAUGUGUGACUUUGAAUCAAGGCAACUACUUAGAGUUUUACCGUGUAACCAUGAGUUCCAUGCCAAGUGUGUCGAUAAAUGGCUUAAGGUUGAGAAGGAACCAGAAGCAGCAAAAGCAGUAUGAUGACAGACAGUGUACACAUGAUGCAAAAUAUGGAAGUAUAAUUGAAGCAAAUCGUACUUGCCCCAUCUGCAGAGCUGAUGCUUCGGAAGUGCAUCGUGACUCAGAAUGACCAGUCUAAGAGCACAAUUCUACUUUGGGUGUUCCUAGUCACAUGUGUAUAUAUAUAUAUGAACUCUCCAUUGAACUUAACCCGUGUGGCUUCCAGCCUUCCCUUUACACAAAAGGGUCAAUGGACCUUUCUUUGCACUGUGUGAUUUAAUCAACUAUAAAGCUUAUAAUUAGUCUUCACAAUUAUGGGAUUGUUAUACUAACUGUGUGAUUGGAACUCCAAAGACUUUUUUUUCUUUUAGCUUAAUUUCGUGUGUGCACUAACAUUCCCUGGUUUUUGUGUGAUCAUUCCGAGUGUUGCUGCGAGAUUACAGUGGAACGUGAUCUUCUAGCAUGUGCUUUUAUAUUAAAAAAAAAAAAGUGGUAGCUCCAAACAAUAUAGCAAUCUACCUUAUAUAGAGCCUUCAGAUACUGUGAGUGGGAAUAAACGGUGCGGGUGGGUGCGUUGAUCGCAGGGUGUUUGUGUGUAUGUGGGCGAGCAAGUGUUUGGCCGGUAGUGUGUGAGAGGACUUAUAUACCAGCAUGUACUGAGGAUGUAUGUGUGUAGUAUUAAUUAUGCUGCAAUGUAUAAUCUUGUGUGUUAUUUAAACAGUACUAGUACUGUACACUGGUUUCUUUCCUUGCGUUUGCAGUUGCACACUGAAUGCUCUAAGGGUGCAGCAGUUAUUGACAUUUGAUAUUUCAUCCCCGCCCCUCUCCAAUUGUAUUUAAUAGUACAAAAAGGCCCUUUUGCUUUUAUUCAGACAACAAUUAUGCUUCCCUUUAAUUGGAGAUCCUUUGUCUGUCAUUAUACAGCAUAUUGCUUCCUCGGUUACUACAAAUAACAGAUUAGCCUUUCUUUUUUUUAAGGCUACAAGAAUUUUCCAAGUUUUUGAGAUUCGCAGCUCACUGCUAAAUUUAUAAUGCAUUGCAGCAUUGCACAGCCAGGUAGCAAUAUUAAAAAUUUCUCAACUGGUGAUUGAAAGUUGAUGCUGUCCUCUCUUAACUUUCUAAAAACUCUUCCAAGCCAACAUUGGUUCUUUUUCUGUUCACUUUCAAAACUGGAUUUUUUAUUUGAGAUGCUGAAGAUAUAUCAUUUUGUUCGUUUUCCAGUUUUGUCCAUAGUUACAGAAAUGGAGAGGAUGUUGGAGUCUUGUGCAAAUGCUUCUUGUAUUGUUGGCAAUAUACUUGCUUAAAACCCAGUUUAGCUUACAAACACUGGCACUAAGUCACAUUCCUUGCCAUACGCAAGCAAACAUGUACAAUUAAAAUAACUUCAAAGGUA